UGUUGACGAAAGCUCGAUUGUCUGAGCCCGACAGAGGUCCUCGAACGCCUCCUAAUCCGAGGCCAGCCGCCGAGCAGUAGGAGCCAUUUUGGUCCCACCUAAAAUCACACGGAGCUGUGCCUCCACUUCGGGCCGCCCGAGAUGGACCAAAUUGAGCCGACGCCGAGGAUUUACACCAGCCAACCCGUUUGAACCCCCCCUUACCCCCUCCCGACGACAGAGCCCCCCCACCGCGUGACAUUGUAGGCCAUGGCCCGUCGCUGCUAGGCGGACUUGAGAGCGAAAAAAAGCCCGGGGCGUUUUUUUUGGGAAGUGGUGGCGGAACAGCGCCUGUGUGAGGGUUGGCGGAGUUUGCUUGGCCUCGGGCCAACUACCGCUGGUAUUUUUUGUCGUUGUUGAGGACGCAAAGUGUUGUUUUUUUGGAGGUCGGGCUUCCCACUCGGUCGGAACUCCAUGCGACUGUGCCCCCCUUCCGCCGCCGCGGGAUUGAACGAGGUGUCACCGGAUUGUGGGCCGCAUCCCCUCGCUUGAAACAUGUCAACCAAAACCCCUUUGCCCACCGUCAACGAGAAGGCGACAGAAAGCCACACGUCUUCUCACAGCAAUGGCCGACAGGAGGUCAGUAGCUCACGCUCGUCCCGCUCGGGCGUGCGUUCACGCGGCGGCGAGGAGCCCCAGCAACCGCACGUGGGGAACUACCGCUUGCUCAAGACCAUUGGCAAGGGCAAUUUUGCCAAGGUCAAACUAGCCCGGCACAUCCUCACCGGCAGAGAGGUAGCCAUUAAAAUCAUAGACAAGACACAACUGAACCCCAACAGUCUUCAGAAGCUCUUCAGAGAAGUUCGAAUAAUGAAGAUUUUGAAUCACCCCAACAUUGUUAAGCUGUUUGAAGUCAUCGAGACAGAGAGGACACUAUACCUGGUAAUGGAGUACGCCAGCGGAGGCGAGGUCUUCGACUAUCUGGUAGCACAUGGAAGAAUGAAGGAAAAAGAGGCCAGGGCUAAAUUUAGACAGAUUGUAUCGGCGGUGCAGUACUGCCACCAGAAGCACAUCGUCCACAGAGACCUGAAGGCGGAAAACCUGCUGCUAGACGCCGACAUGAACAUCAAGAUCGCUGACUUCGGCUUCAGCAACGAGUUCACGCUUGGCAACAAGCUGGACACCUUCUGCGGUUCACCGCCCUACGCCGCACCUGAGCUCUUUCAGGGCAAGAAGUACGACGGGCCUGAGGUGGAUGUCUGGAGUCUGGGCGUCAUCCUGUACACGUUGGUCAGUGGUUCGCUGCCUUUUGACGGACAGAACCUCAAGGAACUCCGUGAGCGAGUGCUGCGAGGCAAGUACCGAAUCCCCUUCUACAUGUCCACCGACUGCGAGAACCUCCUCAAGCGCUUCCUUGUGCUCAAUCCGGCCAAGCGCGGUACUCUCGAGGUGAGGGAGGACGUCCAAAACCAAAUCAUGAAGGAUCGAUGGAUCAACGCGGGAUUUGAGGACGAUGAACUGAAGCCGUACGUUGAGCCUGAGUUGGACAUCACUGAUCAGAAGAGAAUAGACGUGAUGGUAGGCAUGGGCUACAACCUGGACGAGAUCCAGGAGUCUCUGGCCAAGAUGAAGUAUGACGAGAUCACCGCCACGUACCUGCUGCUGGGCCGCAAGGCCUCGGAGCUGGAGCACGGCGAGUCGGCAUCCAGUAGCAACCUAUCACUGGCCAAGCCCAGACCCAACAGCGAGCUCAAUGGCCAGUCACCCUCGCACCUCAAAGUCCAGCGCAGCGUCUCGUCCAACCACAAGCAAAGACGCUACAGCGAGCAAGUUGGGCAGAACGCGAGCGCUGGCACGGCCCACCCCAAGCGCAGCCAGACGGCCGCCGUCGACAACAGCAAGGAUGACGGUGGUGUCCAGCUGCGCAAAUCUGGGGCUCCAGGAAGCCGCGGCGCCCCGCCCGCCAGCCCCUUGCUUGGCAACGCCAACAACCCCAACAAGGCUGACAUACCUGACCGCAGAAAAGGCGCUACCGUAGGACAAACUAACAACACGGCAUCAGCGGGGAUGACACGCAGGAACACGUACGUGUGCAGCGACCGAAACAACACCGACCGCCUGUCCGUCAUUCCCAACGGGAAAGAAAACAGCAUGAGCUCAGUGGCCCGUGCAGUCAGCCCCUCGCCGUCCCUCCGGUGCCAGGCGGCCGGCCCCUUGUAUGCUUGCCAGGCGGGCUGGGCCACGCUGCCACACUCCUACUACGCAUUGGACUACUGCCCGUCCAACGUGUCGGUGUCUCCAGGCGGUCAGCGUAACCCGGUGGCAUCCACUCACAGUGUAGCAGCGGCAGCCACACCAGAGCGCCUGCGUUUCCCACGCGGCACAGCCAGCCGCAGCACCUUCCACGGCGGGCAGCUGCGCGAUCGCCGCACGGCCACCUACAACGGGCCGCCCGCCUCACCCACUCUCUCGCACGACGCUUCGCCGCUCUCGCAGACGCGUUCCCGCGCCACCAGCAACCUCUUCUCCAAGCUCACCUCUAAGCUCACGCGCAGAAACAUGUCGUUCAGGUUUACCAAAAGAGUCUCCACAGAGUUUGAGAGAAACGGGAGACUCGAGGGUUCAAGCCGCCAUGUCCCAGGUGGGGAACCCAAAGGCGAAGGCAAGGACGGCAAGCCGCGCUCUCUGCGCUUCACCUGGAGCAUGCGCACCACUAGCUCCAUGGAGCCGUCUGACAUCAUGCGGGAGAUCCGCAAAGUGCUAGACGCCAACAACUGCGACUACGAGCAGCAAGAGAGCUUCCUGCUGCUGUGCGUGCACGGCGACGGGCGGGCCGAGAACCUGGUCCAGUGGGAGAUGGAGGUCUGCAAGCUGCCUCGUCUCUCGCUCAACGGCGUGCGCUUCAAGAGGAUAUCGGGCUCUUCCAUGGCCUUCAAGAACAUUGCCUCCAAGGUCUCCAACGAGCUCAAGCUAUGAGCGCUCGCGCGCACCAGCGUGCGUCUAUUUAAAGCUGUACAAUCAUCCGCGUGGCAACUUUCCAAAUGUCUCCUUUUAUAAGAAACAACAAGACCACAGAGUAUGUAUUGGUUCUAAUCCACCUUCUUUUCUUCCCUCUUGGGCAAUAAUCACUCCCGCCGCCCACUAAUAGCUCGUCGGGGGCCGCGUAGCCACUUGAUUUGGUUCCACACAAAACAGGAACGAGUUCCAGUCUUAUUUAUUUUCUUUUUUUUUUUUUUUCCCUUAAAGGAGUAAGAUUAAAAUCACCACGUAGCGUUUUUUCUUCUUUUCCAUGUAAAUAAUAGCUCACACAGAAAAAUACUCAGUUUUUUUUUCUUUUUGUAUUUGGGUUGAAAAGGUUAUCAAAAGAAAUUAGCGACGAUGGCGAGCAGCGUGUGCGUUCGUGAGGGUCGCAUUACCAGGACUAUUAAAAAGUGUCAAAGUGUCUACUUGAAUGAUGAGUCUCUCUUUCUUCAUCUUAAAACAUCACAAUUCAUUUUUCCUCUUUAAAAAUAUAACAUUUGCACUCCAAUAUUCGUUAAAUGACUAUUAUUUCAAUAGAUAUUAAAGUAACAUGUUUUUGGGGAAUUUUUUUUUUUUUACACGGUUCUCAAUAGUUUGGUCAAGAGCGUAGGUUUGCAUAGGGACUGUAGGAACAUCACACUACCAACUUUUCAGGAUGCUCAAAUUGUCCCCAC